CUCUAUAGUUUCAGUUUCACACACACACACUCACCUCACGGUCAACGCUCCCAUGGCGGCUCUAACACUACUAACAUCUCUCCCUAAUCCCAUUUCACAAACCUCGUUCAUCCAAUCAAAGCUCACUUCAUCGAAAAAAAAUCUCUCCUUUUCAAGAAACGGUUCCUUCUAUCCACAUCUUCCGCAGACAUCCUAUUUUCAAUCAAAUGCAUCCAAUAAUUCAACCCAAACCCAGAUUUCUUCAGCUGAAAUGGAGUCCACUCAAAUAUCCGAUGUCCCUCUUCUUUCUUGCUCCGAGGCAAUCGAAAGAUCAAGAAAGUUUCGAGCAAAUUACGAGAGCAAGCAAACGUACUUAGCAAUGUACUCGAGCAUAUACGGUGGAAUAACAACUGAUCCAACCGCAAUGUUCAUCCCCAUCGAUGACCACAUUGUCCACCGAGGCCACGGCGUUUUCGAUACUGCAGCCAUUCUCGACGGAUAUUUAUACGAACUGGACCAACACCUAGACCGUUUCCUAGGAUCAGCAAAAAUGGCGAAAAUACCCCUACCGUUCGAUAGGGAAACCAUUAGAAGAAUACUCAUACAAACAGUGAGUGCUUCAAAUUGCAAGAAAGGGUCUUUAAGGUAUUGGCUUUCAGCGGGUCCCGGCGAUUUCCAACUAUCUCCUGCUGGAUGUGUUACAUCGUCUCUCUACGCCAUCGUAAUUGAGGACCAAUCACCACCGUCUGAUCACAAGGGCGUUAAGGUAAUUACAUCAUCGGUACCGAUAAAGCCGCCUCAGUUUGCUGUUGUGAAGAGUGUGAAUUAUCUCCCUAACGUACUGUCGAAAAUGGAGGCGGAGGAGAAUGAUGCUUACGCGGCGAUUUGGAUCGAUGAGGAAGGGUAUAUAGCCGAAGGGCCUAAUAUGAAUGUGGCUUUCGUUGAUAAGGAGAGGGUGCUUUUGAUUCCUAAGUUUGAUAAGAUUCUCCGGGGUUGCACCGUAAGUAGGGUGUUGAUGCUCGCGGAGGAUCUUGUUAAAAGGGGUGGAAUUCGAGGGGUACAAAUCAAGAAUGUGAGUGUGGAGGAAGGGAAACGAGCCGAUGAAAUGAUGCUUAUCGGCAGCGGAGUUCUUGUUCGUUCGGUUGUGCAGUGGGACGAUCAAGUUAUUGGCGAUGGAAAUGAAGGCCCGGUGAGUCGGGCGCUUUUGGACAUGAUUUUGGAGGACAUGAAAUCUGGACCGGCUGCGGUACGAGUUCGUGUUCCGUAUUGAUCGAUUUUCGACUUUUCGACGUUUCCUGGUUUUUAUGUAUCAUUAGUGAACAAAUGUAACUUUAAAACUGAAAAUGUGUAUUGUAAUGACAUUUUGUUGAGUGAAUUUUCAUACAUUUGCUGGUUAAUAAGAUAGGUAUUAAGCAUGAUUAUGU